AUGUAUCCAGAUUUUUUGGCUGCAUGUCGUCUACCACAACGUGAAAAGCGUCUUUUAUCCAUUCAACGUCUGUUAAGCAUAAUGGAAUGCUAUCCAUGUCAUCCAGAAUACAGAGCACAUCGUGCUACUCUGCGUUAUCUGGCUACACAUUUAGCUCGUGUUAGUGCUCGUGAAGCGGUGAAUAAGAUGACAGCUUACAAUUUAGCACUUGUAUUUGCACCGAAUCUUGUACAACCAUGUGAAGAUUCACCAGAGUUAUUGAUGAGUGAUUCCAAGUAUAAAAUUAUGCUUGUUGAAACUGUGAUCAAAUAUCAUGCAUGGAUAUUUUCACCAGAUUUAGGUUUAGAGAGUGGUUGUUCUGUUCCACCAGACUCUACAGAAGAUUUAACUCCUGAAAUUGAUGUUAGCAAUCGUGCAGUAUGUGAAACUUCAACUACUGAUUCUGAUGAUUCGAUUCAUCAACCAGGACGUCUUGAAGGGGAUGUACAACCGUUGGUUGCAGAAUUACUAAAUGCUGCUGCCAGUCUCCCACCUCCACCAUCUGAUACUGAUCUAGAGACAGCUGAAAUACCUGGCCCAGAAUCUGAUCGUCCAUCGGACAUAAUAAUGUCUAGACCACGAUUUACAUCGAUUCCUACUAGCAGUUGGUCGACUUCUGGAAUGAGUAUUUCUAGAAUACCAUCAGGUGGUCUGCUUAAUGAAAUGACUACAGUAACUGACAAUUUAUCUUCAUUAAAAAUGAGACCAGAGAUAAAUACAAAUCAAAGUGUUACUUCAGAUAUGGAUAAUAAAGCCUUGGAAAUAGAGUUGGGAAGAGUUGCUACCAAUCCAUCUCUACGGUCCCUUCAAACACCUUUGGAUUUAGGAACUAAACUAGACAAUUUACGUCACUUAAGUCAAGGAUGUUUAGAACAGUAUACAUCAGAGGCUCGUAGACUUGGUGUACGUGUAGCUGAAAGCAGACGACAAUUAGAAAGUACAGUAGCACAACGUUUACAUGCAGAACAAUUGUUAUUAGAAGCAAGAAGUGAAUGUUUAGAGUCGCAUUCAGUAGAAUUAAUUAAAACUCAAAGUGAUUUAUCUACAGGAUCAGGUAUUCAAUCUCAGAAUUUAAUCAAGACUCUGAAUUCAACUCAGUCUACUUCUACUGACGUGAAAUUAUGUGUUAUUGAUGAUAAAAGUUCAAGCAAUUAUUAUCCUUGA